AUGGCACCCUCUUUCCACGUCUUGAUUGUGGGUGGUGGACUCGGCGGCCUUACUGCAUCGGUUGCCCUGGGACAAAAGGGUCACAGAGUAACAGUCCUUGAAUCGACUGCCAAGUUACAGACAAUUGGUGGCGGAAUUGGCAUUCCCCCAAACUCAAUGCGAGUCUGGGACUAUCUUGGUCUGAUGGAUAGGCUCAAAGCUGCAGCCGAGAUUCAGGGCCGACGACGGUUGUAUUUCAGACGGUAUACCGGGGACUUGAUAUGUUUGGGUGGCAUGCAGGAGCAAGCUUGGAAGUAUGGGUAA